ACACUUCCACGCAGCACUACGCCAGCCAACAUGAGGAUCGCCGUAGCCACUCUGCUGCUUCUGGUAGCUAUCGGAACCACUGACGCCUUAUGGCUCUUCGGCAACGGAGAAGCCAAAGACACAAAGGCGAACACGCACCAGGAGGACGCCAAACACGUGGUGAAGAGGGAAGCCUUAAAGGAGGAUGAGGAGGAGGAGGAGGAAGAGGAUGAGGACGAUGAGGAGGAAGACCAUCUUAUAAGCAAACGAGAGGCGGACGAGGACGAGGAUGAUGACGAGGAUGAUGAAGAAGAGGAGGAGGAAGAUGAAGACGAACAUAAUAUUGUGAAGAGAGAUACUGGAGACGCUGACGAAGAGGAUGAGGAUGACGAUGACGAAGAGGAAGAGGAUGACGAGGAUGAGGAGUAAUCAGCCAAGUUCAUGAAGAAGGCAGCCACGAGAGGGAGUCAGUGUAUAAAACACCUGUAAUCGUCAUCACUUACAUUCGUACUACAUCUGGAGAUUCAAAAUUGAUACGGAACCCUUGUGGCAUCUUUAGUCCUUAGAUCUUUGACCUUCACGUCUGCAGGUCCGACCUCCUCGCCAGUAUCAUCUCUACAUCUGUAACACCUGUACUAACUGACCAUCAAUAAAACUAAAAGCAAUGA